CUUGGCAAGAAGGGAAAGUGGGGGAGGAAGAGGGGAGUCGACUGGAUUUUUAUACACGAUUCUCUCUUUGCCUUGUUGGCUGUGUUGAUCUCGGGGUCAUCAAGGGACACGCUUCACACUUCAUGUCUAUUUUGGCUUGCCAUUAGCUAAGCCAAGCCUUUCUUCCCAUGAGAUGCGUGGGACAUGUACAAGCAGGAGCAGUACAGCGACAUUUUCCCUCAAAGACCGGCUCAGUCGAAAACAAAUCAGGAGUCGCGGGCGUUUUCUCGUUUUUCAAGGAAGGAGAAGGAGGCAAGAAUCGACUGUCUGAAUCUUGGUUCUUGCCAGCCAGCAUCAGUCACAUAAUGGACAGGGACGCUAACAUCGCCGACGUAGACGGGGUCUUGCGUUCAGCGGAGAAGUACAAUGCGACCGACACGAGCACUACGUCGAAUGAUGCCGGCAAGCCCCACGAGUUCAAUGAGCAGACCAACUAUGUCCCAAAGAGAACCAUCAUUACGAUCUUUCUCGCCUGCGCCAGCGUCGACCUUCUAGCCCUCAUAGACCAGACGACGCUCGCAACCAGUUUGUACAUCAUCGGCAACGACUUGGGGUCAACCUCGCAGGUCUCGUGGAUCGCCAACGGCUACUUCAUAACCUCGACGGUCGGGCAGCUGCUGUACGGUCGGUUGUCCGACAUAUGGUCGCGCAAGGUGAUACUCCUGACGGGCCUCGCCAUCUUCUUUGUCGGGUCCCUAGCCUCGUCGCUAGCGCAGUCGGUAUUGCAGCUGACCGUGUUCCGCGCUUUUACGGGCAUCGGCGGCGGCGGGCUCAUGACGGUUGCGCAGCUGAUCGUGAGCGACGUGGUGCCCUUGAGAGAGAGGGGCAAGUACCAGGGCAUUAUCGGCGCUGUGGUGGCCAUCGCCAAUGGCAUCGGCCCCGUGAUCGGCGGUGCGUUGUCGUCCCUGUCCGAGGACUCGUGGCGGUGGAUUUUCCGCAUCAACAUGCCCCUGACUGUGGUGACAACCCUGGCCGUGGUCUUCUUCAUGCCGCUGAAAAAGGUCCAGGGUGACUGGAAAUUGAAACUCAAUGCGGUGGAUUUCAUCGGCAUCCUUGUAGCAUUGGCGGGUACAAUCGUCCUGAUGUUGGGGCUCACUUGGGGCGGAGGCGAGUAUCCCUGGGAAUCGGACCAUGUCAUCGCAACGCUAGUUGUCGGCUUCGCCGUGUGCGUGGCCUUUGUAUUGUGGCAGUGGAAGGGUCCUCGGUACCCUCUUGUUCCCCUCCACAUCUUCAAGUCCAAGAUUGUCAACGGGGCUUGCAUCACCAUGGCCAUCAACGGCUGGAACUUUGUCGUGCAGGUCUACUACAUCCCGUCUUUCUACCAACUGGUGUACGAGUACUCCGCGACCAGGGCCGGGGCCAUGCUGCUCCCCAUCACACUGGUCCAGACGGCAAGCAGCACCCUGUCCGGCCUUGUGGUACACUGGGUCGGCCGCUACCGCGAGUCCAUCCUCUUUGGCUGGGCUUGCUGGGCAGUUGGCCUGGGCUUGAUGUCGACUCUAGACGAGACGACGGGCAUUGGCAAGCAGAUCGGGUACUCGGUCCUCAUCGGAGUAGGCGUGGGUAACACGUUGCAGCCCGCCUUGAUUGCCAUCCAGGCCGGCGUGGUUAGGCGUGACAUGGCGGUUGUCACUUCAUUCCGCAAUUUCGUCAGAAACCUUGGCGCCACCAUUGGCCUCGCUGUUUGUGGAACAAUCAUCAACAAUGUUUUGCUGGGCUCCUUGGAGUCCCUCGACAUCGACCAUAACGCAUCCAAGGCUUUUCUCAGGAGCCCAGAGACGUAUCUCGGGACCGUCUCCGGAGCUGAAGCCGACAGAAUCCGGCGCGUCCUGAUUCCCGCGUAUAGAAAGGGAUUCCGUAUCAUAUUCACCACCGGGGCAGCUCUGUGCGUACUAGCCUUCGCCAUUGCCUUCUUCAUGCUACCCCAGGUCGAAUUGUCUCGCCCGGAUGAUGAGAAGCUCAAGGAGGAGGGGCGCAAAGCGUAUCGGGAUAAAACGAGACAGGAGUCACUGGACACAGCAUAGACAAUUUCUUGAUAGGCACAUUGUUCUGGCAAUCCUAGUGCCCACUCCCUGGAAUUAUAGCAUGCAGCCACAGCAGCUUCCUUUGAGUCCGGCUGGAAACAUGUUUGGAAAUUUUGCAUGUAC